AAAUAUCGCCUCCCCCCAAUCCCCAUUCCCCACACCAAAGAAGAAAUCAUCCCAUAAACAGUCCAAUCCAAUCCCCAUUCCUUAAUUCGCAUUCAAAUCCAUCGAUCUCAUUCUCAUCCCAGCAGCAUCUCGUUCCAAGGAAGAAGAAGAUGCACAAGACGUCAUCGCUGUCGGAGCUGGGCUUCGACUCGGCGGAGGCCUCGUCGGGCUUCUUCCGCCCGGUGUCCUCCGGCUGCCCGCCGCCGUCCUCCUCCCCGCACCGCCGCCUCACCAAGGUCUCCGUCAUCGGGGCGGGCAACGUGGGGAUGGCGAUCGCGCAGACCAUCCUGACCCAGAACCUGGCGGACGAGAUCGCGCUGGUGGACGCGCUCCCCGACAAGCUCCGCGGCGAGGCGCUGGACCUGCAGCACGCGGCGGCGUUCCUCCCGCGGGUCCGCAUCGUCUCCGGCACCGACGCCUCCGUCACCAGGAACUCCGACCUCGUCGUCGUCACGGCCGGGGCCAGGCAGAUCCCGGGCGAGACGAGGCUGGAUCUGCUCCAGCGGAACGUGGCCCUGUACCGGAAGAUCGUGCCCCCCGUGGCCGCCUGCUCCCCCGAGGCGCUGCUGCUGGUGGUUUCGAAUCCUGUGGAUGUGCUGACCUAUGUGGCGUGGAAGCUGUCUGGGUUCCCGCCGAGCCGUGUGAUUGGGUCUGGUACCAACCUUGAUUCAUCUAGGUUCCGGUUCCUCAUCGCCGAGCACCUCGACGUCAAUGCCCAGGACGUGCAGGCUUACAUGGUGGGGGAGCACGGCGACAGCUCCGUGGCGAUCUGGUCGAGCAUCAGCGUGGGCGGGAUGCCGGCGCUCAAGUCGCUGCAGGACAGCCACAGGAGCUUCGACGAGGCGGCGCUGGAGGGCAUCCGGCGCGCCGUGGUGGGCGGCGCCUACGAGGUCAUCGGCCUCAAGGGAUACACCUCCUGGGCGAUCGGCUACUCCGUCGCCAGCCUCGCCACCUCCUUGCUCCGUGACCAGCGCCGGGUGCACCCGGUCUCCGUCCUUGCGGCGGGCUUCCACGGCAUCUCUGACGGCCAUGAGGUGUUCCUCAGCCUGCCAGCACGCCUCGGCCGCGGUGGCGUCCUCGGUGUCGCCGAGAUGGACCUCACCGAGGCUGAGGCCGCGCAGCUCCGCCGGUCUGCCAAGACGCUCUGGGACAACUGCCAGCUCCUCGGCCUCUAGACUCUCAUCCAUCACCACUUCACAAGGGACCAAGUUCUUAAUCUAUCUAUCUUACUACGCACCGUAAUCUGCAUGUUGCUGCCUGGCUACCACGCGAAUGUUUGUGUUAAUGUUGAGCUGUCAUCUUAGUUCUGAGUUCUGUGAAAUAAAGUGUGAUUCGGUGCGAGCGUUGCUAA